GUCUAUUCCAAAGCUCAUCACCUGACCAAACAAACCUCUCUCGAACAAAUCUUCUUUUUCUUUUCCUGUUUUGAAUUUCCUUCUUCUCUAAGCUUUUCUCAACCCUCUUCCACAUUUCAGAUCUCUCUCUCUCUCUCUCUGUGCAACUCAACCUCACUCAUGGCCGGCCGUUUCGAUCGCAACCCCUUCGACGAAGAUGAAGUUAAUCCCUUUGCUGACCAAAAGGUAAAGCCAGCGGGGCAAUCCAACUAUGGUGGAGGUGCAUUUUAUACAACAAAUCCAAACUCGAGGCUUUCCCCUCUUCCUCCUGAACCUGCAGAUUUCAACAACUAUGACCGAAGUGCCCCAGUUGAUAUUCCUCUUGAUUCAGCUGCGGAUUUGAAAAAGAAAGAGAGGGAGCUGCAAGCUAAGGAGUCUGAAUUGAGAAAGAGGGAGCAGGAAGUAAAGAGGAGAGAAGAUGCGGCAGCUCGAGCUGGUAUUGUUGUUGAAGACAAAAAUUGGCCUCCAUUUCUCCCAAUCAUCCAUCAUGACAUCGCUAAUGAAAUUCCAAUUCAUCUACAGAGGUUGCAGUAUGUUGCAUUUACAACUUUUUUGGGAUUGAUAGUGUGUCUUCUAUGGAAUCUUGUAGCUGUUACUGCAGCAUGGAUUAAAUUGGGAGAUGUAAAAAUCUGGUUUCUUGCUGUUAUAUACUUCGUAUCAGGGGUUCCACUAGCGUAUGUGUUGUGGUAUCGCCCACUCUAUCGUGCCUCGAGGACUGAAAGCGCUAUGAAGUUUGGGUGGUUUUUCCUUUUCUAUGCACUUCACAUCUUAUUCUGCAUUUUUUCUGCGGUUGCGCCUCCUAUAAUUUUCAGGGGGAAAUCUCUCACUGGUAUCCUGCCUGCAAUAGAUGUCAUCGGUGCACAUGUUAUAGUCGGGAUAUUCUACUUCAUUGGAUUUGGGUUUUUCUGCAUGGAAACAGUGCUCAGCAUCUGGGUUAUUCAGCAAGUGUACAUGUAUUUCCGAGGCAGCGGGAAAGCUGCAGAGAUGAAGCGCGAGGCUGCAAGAGGAGCAAUGAGAGCUGCACUAUGAUAACACUCCACCAGAGAGUUAGAGAGAGAGAGCAGCCUUCGAUGGACUUCGACCGCUAAAGAGCAGAUACAGAGAAACCUGGAUACCACAGCGAGCAAUUUGUUCCGUUUGUUCCAUAGUUAGUUUGCGUGCUCUUUUUUGUUUUGUUGUUGUUGUUGUUGUUGUUGUUUACUAUGUUUCACUAGGGGCUUUUAUUGGAAGACUUACGAGAAAUGGCAGUUAGUAGGUAGAAAAUAUAGAAAACGUAAAUGCUGUAUUAUCUCUGUAAAUCUGUUAUUUGACAUUCUGGUGUGCCUGUAUUUGAUUUGGCUUCAUUGGGUCUAUAUACUGACUUUGAUUGCUGCUACUGCAUAA